CGACCGGUUCUGAGCACAGACCCGCUAUUGCUCCAGUAGUCAGUACACGGUCGGCAGUCCACAGGCUGGGCUUGUCCCCACAACAAGAACUUUGACUUCCGUACUCAUCAACACCACCGCCCCCUUGAGACAAUCACAUUGGUACCCCUUUCUCUCACUCUAACAAUACCAAUAUGGCACCUGCAGCAACAUCGACGGCCUCUCACUGGCCGAAAGAGUCAUUCAGCCAUGUCAUCAACGGGCAAUCGUAUCCCACAAAGGGCGCAAAGAUGAUCGAUGUCAUCAACCCGGCCGACGAGAGCGUCGUCGCGCAGGUGCCCGUGGCGACAAAGGAAGUCGUCGACGAGGCUGUGCGCAGCGCCCGGGCGGCAUUUCCAAAGUGGUCCCAGACGUCGUGGGCGGAGCGCAAGGCGCUGCUGCAAAAGUGGCACGAUGACUGGAUCGUACACAACAAGGCGGACCUGCUCAAGAUCUACACGGCCGAGCAGGGCAGAACCCUGCAGCUCUCCGAAUUUGAGUGGGGCACGACGGAGCUCUUCUGGGACUUGAACAAGUACCCCGAGCCAAAGGACGAAGUCGUCGAGGACGACGGCCAGGGCAAUGUCAACAUCCUGCGCAAGUACCCCAUGGGCAUCGUCGCGGCUCUUGUGCCGUGGAACUACCCCCUGAUCCUGUCGUUCUGGAAGAUCAUCCCCGUGCUCCUCACGGGAAAUGUCAUCAUCGUCAAGCCCUCGCCCUUCACACCCCUCAUGACGAUUCAAUUCAUUAUCGCGGCGCAAAAGUACCUGCCCCCUGGCGUCAUCCAGAUCGUCGUUGGUGACGACUCGCUCGGACCGAUGCUGACGGAGCACCCCGAUAUCGACCACAUCUCCUUUACCGGCUCGACAAACACGGGCCGGCUGGUCGCAAAGAGCUGCGCGGCGACGCUAAAGCGCAUGACGCUCGAGCUCGGCGGCAACGAUGCCUGCAUCAUUCUUCCCGGCAUCGACAUGACCCACGUUCCACUCCAGGUCUUCCUCUCUGCGCUCCAGAACUCGGGCCAGUUCUGCGCUGCAGCCAAGCGCAUCUACGUUCACGAGGACAUCUACGAUGAAUUUGCCGCCCAACUCGUCGGCAUCGCCAAGGCGACAAAGAUGGGUGAUGGCAUGGACCCUGCCAAUGGCCUGGGCCCUGUCAACAACCGCCAGCAGUUUAACAAAGUCAACGAGUUCUUGGCCGACAUUGCAGCCAACAAGCAGAAGGUGCUCGUCGGCGGUGAGAAGCACACAGACAAGGGCUUCUUUGUGCCCGCCACCAUCGUCGACAACCCGCCAGACACGAGCAAGAUUGUCAUCGAGGAGCCCUUCGGGCCGGUGCUGCCUCUUCUCAAGUUCAAGGACGAGGACGAAGUGGUUCGCCGCGCCAACGACACGCGCAUGGGCCUCGGUGGCAUGGUCUGGGGACCCAUCGAGCAGGCGCAGCGCAUCGCCGACCGUCUCGAGACGGGCACCGUCUGGGUCAAUCAGAUGCAGAACUUCAAUCCGCUCUCCUACUUUGGCGGCUGGAAGGACUCGGGCAUCGGCGGCCUCCACGGUCGUCAGGGUCUCGAGCACCUCAUGCGUUCCAAGACGCUCAAGCUGGCCAAGGAGACGAAGCCACUCCAGCUCUGAAAUUUCUCUUCGUUGAUGGUGCGCUUUCGCCCUGUUCUGGAGAACGAUGGUUGUAUACUGCAUCUCGAAUUUGAGCAACUUGCGAAACGUU